AUGGCCGAAGUGAACGACGCGGCCGGGGCGCCUGACAGCAAGCCAUCGAGCCCGGCACAACUACUGCUAGCUCCUCCACGGGGAGGCGGUGACGCGGGUGCCAACUUGGGCUCGGAUGGAAGCGCCGGCGGCUCCGGCAACAAGCGCGCGUCCAGCGACGGCGCCAAUCAAGGCGGCAACUCCACCGAGAAGAUGAGCAGCGGUGCUACAACGCUCAAGCGCGCCACCGGUUCCAACAAGAAAGCAGACAUCGAGAACGAAGACGAUACAAAUGGUCGGCAGUCUUCACCCGCUCAAGAGGGCGACAACUUCACCCAGCGCGUGCUCCGCAAGCAGCGCAGUAUUUCCGGGCGCAUCUUGUCCGCGCAAGAGGCCUUCGCCAUGCCCGCGGGCGCAGCCGACAACGGGUCUCCAGCUGUGUGGAACCCUCCUCCCGAGUACAAGCCGGACGGCGCAUUCUGUAUGGUCAGCGUCCCUGCGCGUCUAGAUCACAUCGGCAGCAACCGCUUUGUCCGCGAAGGGUAUGGCGGACUGGAAGUGCUAACGUCGAACGAGGGGCUCACUGCUACGGACUUGGCCGAACUGAAUGAGCUGGUCGGCGAGCGCGAGGAUGUCAACGAAUUCUUCCUUCGCCCUCUUGACGAUUCGCCCAACCCGACCGAAUUGGAGACCCUGCUCAAUUCUCUCUCUGCGCAUCGCGAGAUGGCUUCCAUUCUGUCUGUCUACGAGUGUCGCGACUUGGCUGCGCGGGUAUUCGGUAUGACCACCAUCAUGCGGCGCAUGCUCGUCAAGUACCGAUUCAUGCGGCACCAAGUUGAGACGCAGGGAUCCGGUACGGCCGACAUGCUGUUCGCCGCACAGAAGGAGAACACGCAACUCCAGAUCGCGAUGGGUCAGAUGGUCGGGCAGUGGCAGGUCAUCACGGACCACCUCAAAGAAGAGAAGGAGAAUACCACAGAGCGUUACCGGGCGGACUUCAAGAUAUUGAUGGCCGAGCACGAAAGCGAGAAGCAGUCUCUGCGGGACCAGAUCUCAGCGCUGGAGGCUAAACUCGGUACAUCCAACGAGUGUGUCGAGUCUCUCGCGUCUCACGCCUUCGACGUGGACCGCAUGAUGAACUUCCUGAACCGCAACCAGACCAAGGUGACCGGAAACUGGCGGCGUCUGGAAGAGCUGUUUAAGCACCACAAGCUCGGUACGACUCAGCCGUCCGAAUGGCAGACAUUGACCAACGUCACUUCGGCUGACGACAUGUUCGCCGAGCCCGGUCCGUUCAACUUUCGACACGAGGACGACACCGAAGAGAAGGACAACGGCGACAAGUCCGGACCGGAUGGCAACUCCGGACCGAGUGGGGGCACCAAACCGAGCGGCAGGCGUGUCUCCAUUCUGGAUCAUACCGGUGACUCCAGACCGAAUGAGCAGGCUUCUACGCGGCCGUCAUCCGGUACGUCCAAGUGUCAGCAUGAGGUGCCGGACCAGGUGCAGUGGCGUCCUAUUGCAUGGGAUGCGUCAGGCGACUCUGCUCGUCCGGUUGGCAAGGAGUACCUGAUCGACGAGAAGACAGCGUGCGCCUCCUUGGCCAACCUCCCGAUCGUGUGGCGCAAACUCCGCACCGACGUCCAGUUGGUCAUGCACACCGGAAUGACGUAUCACGCCGCCAUGAAACUGCUGGACAAGGAUACAAUGGCUCACGACAUGUUCUCCCCGUUCGAUUUGUCCUGCAUGCUGGCGCGCAUGAUGUUCUGGAACCGCUUGGACUCCACGUACUGGACGACGUACGUACCGGAAAUCUACUACCUGCGCGCAGAGGCGAUACUUGAACGGUGGACCGACAACGAUGAGACACCGGAAUACUGGCCGGACCGGAUCGACCAUACUCAGGACGACAGCGACUUGCUUCUCGGGCCGGAUGACACCGAGGGUGACAGCGAGAGCCGUGACCCCGAAGAGGAUAAGCUGCGCGCGCUGCCGGUGCUGUUACGGGACUCGUCAAGCACUCAAAAUCCGGUGUCACCUCUUCGCAGGUCCAAGCGUCGUACCAGUUCGAUGUCGUCGCAGUCGGAUUCGGUGUCCAGUGCGCCCCCGUCCAAGAAAAAGAGGAAGGUCCGACCGAGCGACGAACGCAAGAAGUCGCCCCUGGCCCGCAAGGACAUGGAGGACCUCACACCGGAGGAGUUGACGGUGAUCGAAAAGCCGGGUCCGGGCAUCACGUCUUGGCGCCACAAGGGGAUUCUGACUACGUUCGCACCCAGUACGGUUAACGCUGUCGACCAGUCUCCCGGGUUUCCUGAUUACGCACCGAAUCACAAUGGUGGUUCGAAACCCCUGAAGGCGCGGUUCCGGUCCGACGAGUACGAGGACAUUCUGGACAGCAAUCCCUGUGAGCGCAUGUUUCGUCGACGCAUCGUACACCUUCUGUUCCACAAGCGCAGCGCGCUACCAGAUAGCGCUCUCGAAGUUCUGUCCGAAGUCGUGGUCUACAUGAAGGAGAACGCGUCGACUUUCUGGCACGCCGGUCACUGGGUCACGUUCGACGCAGACAGCAUGGAGGCCGCCAAGGCCCAAGUGGCACGCAAGAAACUCCAUGACGCAGCCAUCAAGGACUACAACAAGUUGGUCGUCAAGCUGAAAGCGUCCGGAGCACCCCAGACCAUCCUGUACGAACCGGGCAUUUGGGUGUACCCCGCCAAGCUCUGUCACUGGAUCCUGUUCGACCGGUCGGAGACAAACGUCGGCACCGAGCCAUACACAAUGAUGGAGCAGUUGGCGAUCCUGGACCGCGUGGAACCCGCCCGCAUCCAGUGGACCGGAUGGUCCACCAAAGACUUGAUCGCUGAACGACCUCCGGAGAUCCGGGACAUGCUUCUGACUCCAGACGAAUUGCGCGGCAACUGGGUCUCCGUCGAGCACCAAAACUAG